AUGUUGGUAAAGGUGUUUGUGCUGGCCAUAUUGACAGUUGCAAAUUGUCAAGAACAUCAUCAAACUUAUUCAAUAAACACUGUGAUUACACACGAUGCACCUAAGCAAGCGGAUUCACGUCAUUACUUCGAGCCAGCACCGCAGUUUGUGCCUAUUCAGGAAGUAUCUGCUCCUAAACCAGUUUCCACAGCAUCUCAAGGGCCUCCUCAGCACGCUAAAUAUAAUUUUGGCGAUAUAAAGAAUUAUUUUAUUCGUCCUCAACCGGCACCAAAGAACCCAGCACCCGUGCAUGAGAACAUAAUCGACGUGUCCUCUCCUGCUCCUCCUCGCCAUGUUGUAAUUCAACAGAUUCCUCUCCAAAGAUUUGUUCCCGCGCCUCCAGUUCAACACAUACAAUAUCCAGUUCAACAAGUCCAACAAAUUCAACCUCCUACUGCACAAGUUCAACAUUCAGUUCAAGUUCAGCACACCCCAGCAGUUCAAGUUAGCAUUCCACAUAUAGACUUACGGCCUGUUCCUAUUCCGAUUCCUCCUGUUGAAGUACAACAUGUUCCUGUUCAUCUUGAACAUCAACAAUCUUAUGGACAGGGCGAAGCAUCUCAAAGUCACCACGAGGAAUCUAAAGAUGAUCAUGAUGACUAUUAUGCUAUCCCUAAGUACACCUACGAGUACAAAGUAGAAGAUCCAAAUACUCAUGACAACAAGUACCAACAUGAGACCCGCGAUGGCGACGUGGUGAAGGGAGUGUACAGUCUGCAUGAACCUGAUGGGUCCGUACGCACUGUAGAGUAUUCUUCGGACAAGAUAACUGGAUUCAACGCUUAUGUUAAAAAUUCCGCCGUCACAAAACACAUAGAACCUCAUCACCAUUAA